AUGUGGGCCCAGUGGUCAAAGGACAGUAAGUUGGCGGAGCACCACAAUGUCAUGGUCCAACGAUCCUCGCAGAAGCGCAACCAGCUCCUGGAUGAGCUGCGCAAAAAGGAGGCUGAGGAGUGCACCUUUCAGCCCAAGACAUUGUCAAGAGGAAGCCCAAGGACCUUCUCGCGACCGGACUCGACAGGCGAAGUGAAAUGGGAGCAGCGCCUGGACCAGCGCAAGCGCGAUCAGCGCCUAAAGCAGGUGGAGGCACAGCAUUAUGCUGAGCUGACCCUGAAGCCGAAGAUCAGCCCAUUUGCCCAGGCCUGGAGCCAAAAGCAGGCCGAGGCUGUUCGCGAAAGUCAGACUGCCAACAGCGUCUUUGAACGCCUUUAUCAGGCAGCGCUGCAACAGGAGGAGAAGCAGACAGCCGCCAAAAGAGAGCGGGAGUCUGACCAGGCAGAGUGCCUUUCUCCGCCCGCAACGGUCAGCAAUCGCAACUCGCCACCGCGAAGGAUUCCCACUUCUGAGCUCCUCUACAGUGAUGCUCUUGAUCGACGAGAGCGUCUUCGCAUUAUGACGGAGCAGAUGCAGCUGCGACGCGAAGAAGAAACCAAGGAACGCUGUGCAGUGCUCUACAAGUCCAGCCGGUUGUAUUACCAGCUUAUUGAGAAGCAGAUCAAGGCAGCGUUUGAUGGAGCUACCAACGGCCAGCCGCAGCUUGCUCAAGCUUCUUUGGAGGACUUCUUGGUCCGCUUCAAAUGCAUGAGGCCCAGAAAGAACGGCGAGGCCUAUUGCUUGUUCAUGCGCAGGGUGGUCCUCUUAGUCUGCUUUAUGGUUGUCGUGCUCGUCACGGUCAUCGUGCUCGUCGUUGUCCUCGUCUUCGUUUCUGAGCGGUGCACAUAG